AUGGGAGAGAGUCUAUUUAGGAGAAAGUGUUGUAGGGAACCUGUUUGCAAGAUCUGUUGUAAGGCUGAUGAAACCAUCGAGCAUUGUUUACUGCUUUGUGACUGGGCAAAAAAACUCUGGUUUGGCUCUUCAAUUGGGAUUAUGAUAAACGAGAGAAAUAUUUGUAGAUUUGAUAAUUGGCUCUGGAUGAUGCUUGGUGAAGGUAGGAAGGGCAAUGAUUUUCAGAAAGCUUUGCUAGCUUCUAUCUGUUGGAGUAUUUGGAAAGGAAGGUGUAAUGUGAUAUACCAGGAUAUGGUGCUAGAACCAAAGAAGAUAUUGAGGAAUGCAACCAAUUUAGUCAAUGAGUUUUGGGUGGCUAAGGGAUGGAUAAAGGAGAGAGUUUUACCUUCUUUCAAUAGGGAAGGGUCAGUGUGGAAGACUCCUAAUCACGGUUGCACUAAGGUUAACAUAGAUGGCUCUUUUCUUAGCAAGACUGGUAAGGCUGGUAUAGGGAUAAUAUUUAGAAACAACAAUGGUGAUCUGUUAAAGUUUGUUGCAGAACAAGCAAAGUCUACUUCUGCUUUCAUGUCUGAGGCUCUUGCUCCUAGAAAGGCUUUGGAUCUGAUCAAGCUGAGUGGCAAUGGUACCUAUUUGAUUGAGAGUGACUGCGAGGCUUUAGUCAAGACAACCACUUAUGUCUCGUUUGGCUUUAUUUCAAGAUCUUGCAAUAAGGCUGCUGAUUGGCUGGCAGUCUCAGGCUCAAAGGGGGUGUGUCUCGAAGGUUGUUCUGCUCAGCCUCCACCCUCUCUUGCCAAAUUACUCCUUGAAGACAAGGUUCGGUGUGCUACCACUUGCAAUGUUGGUCCUUGUCAGAUUAGGACCGGUAUUGGCUAA